UAAAAAUUGAAUAAUUAGAAAAGAGAAGUGCAAAGUAUUAUGGCAAAUUCAACGGAUUGCAAUUGACCAUCAACGGAUUGAAGAUUACAGAUUGUAGAUUGCAGCGCAAAUCUGAAAAAGGGAAAAGUUAUAAUCGUAGAAGCAAAAAAAGAAAAAGUAUGUUAUUACCUCAAGAUUUAUCAAAGUUUUGAGACAAAAUCGUUUGAGCUUUGAUGGUGAAUUGAAAAGGAAGAAAUACAGAGAAGAAAAAAACCAUUGGACGAGGGGUGCUGAUAUUGUCAUAUUGAUCUGUCACAAUUGCCGUCCCAACUGGGGAGGCAACAAAAACGCCGACCCCUCUCCUCUACGGUGGUCGGUGACGACGACUUCCUUAAAGUCGUUUACUGUUCUUAUGGGAUAACUGAUCUGCGACUUAGCAGCUCUUAGAUGCUUACCAGGCUUUCUUGUCAAUAUGGUUGCUACUUUUGCUGUUUAUGGUUAUUCCCUCAAUUUCAAUUGGGUGCAUGGAUUUGGCCGCGGCUGUGAUUCCUAUGAUCAAAACCACAUACUAUACACGAGAUCAUCAUUUUUAACAAGAGAAAGAUGCAACUUCAACAAGACAAGAAAAUGCACAAUGAGCUCAUCACACUGUUCAUUACCAUCUCCACAUCCAUCUAUAUCGUCCCACUCGAGUGGAUUUGAUAGUUCUCAUAGAAUUGUAACUUAUGAAUCUACAUUGAUCUUGAUCAGACACGGGGAAUCAAUGUGGAAUGAGAAGAACUUGUUCACUGGUUGUGUUGAUGUUCCUUUGACCAAGAAAGGAGUGGAAGAAGCUAUUGAAGCAGGUAGGAGAAUCAAGAAUUUCCCUUUGGAUGUCAUCUACAUAUCAGCUUUGAUUCGUUCACAGAUGACAGCCAUGCUUGCUCUUACUGAACACCACUGCAUGAAGGUGCCCAUAAUUUUGCAUAAUGAAAGUGAAGAAGCUAAAAUGUGGAGUCAAGUUCAUAGUGAAGAAACAAAGGCGCACUCUGUUCCUGUCAUUAAAGCGUGGCAACUAAAUGAAAGAAUGUAUGGGGAGCUUCAGGGUUAUAAUAAGCAUGAAACAGCUGAAAGAUAUGGAAAGGAGCAGGUUUAUAAGUGGCGUAGAAGUUAUGAUGUUCGUCCACCUAAUGGGGAGAGCUUAGAAAUGUGUUUGGGAAGGGCCGUUACCUAUUUUAAGGACCAUAUUGAACCCCAACUUAUGGCAAAAAAGCAUGUGAUGGUUGUGGCUCAUGCAAAUUCAUUGAGGUCUAUUAUCAUGUAUCUUGAUGAGUUGACUUCUCAGGAGGUUAUUAACUUGGAACUAUCAACUGGUGUGCCGAUGCUAUACACUUAUAAAGAUGGAAAAUUUGUGAGGAGAGGAAGUCCUCCUGGUUCACUGGAAGCUGGAGUUUAUGCACACACAGAGUACCUUGCUGAUUACAGGCAAAGAGUGGAUGAAAUGUAAUAGGGGGAAAGAACAGACAAGAUGAUUGUCGGCUUUUGUACUGCAUGCUUUGUUUGCUUUCAUGAAGAAAUUAGGUAUUUUUAUACAAUUGCCAGAAUGCCAGGAGUAUGAUGACGGGAGAUUAACUCUUGACUUUCUUCAAUGACUGAAGCUGUAGCCUAUAGGGGAAAACUGUCACAUCUUCUUUCUCAUGCAAUUAUUCAACGUCUUCAUUUGAUUAUUGAGGAAGUCAUCAUAUAUUGCCUAUAAUCAUAUCUUGUACCAUAGUGCAAUUAUUCUUGUGCAAGUGUGAGCCGUUGGCUGAUUGCAGGGAAAAAAUGUUUUAAUUUAGAGAAAUUUGCAAUUCUUGUCCCGCAAUUAUUUGCAACUAGUGAUUCUUACCACUAAAACUUAUGAAAAUUUUACCGUAGUUCCCUAUCAAUUGAGAGUGAUAGAUUGCCAACAGCAAUAAGAAUUAAAGUUUGCAAAG